AUGUUCAGUUCCAUAUGGAAUUCAUGGCUUUUGGUCUGCCUCUCUGUGUUUUACUGUUUGAAGAUUGUUAACAGUGCAAACAGAUAUUUCAAUUGGGUAAAGCAAAACAUUUCUGCCUGGGUGCCUUACCUUGUUAUUGCUGCUGCAACCUUUGCUGUUAUCCUUACGAGUCUUCCAUUGUGCGACACUAGUUUUCUACCGAAUUCAAAUGUUACUUCUGCUGUUGGAAACUUCACUUUGAAAGAAGAAUUUUCUAAGGGACUGUCCUACUACAUUAGUUUUUUACUUCUGGGGUGCAUACUACCCUUUGCACUAAUGGUGGCAAGCAGCGUUUCCAUUAUUGUUUCACUCAAUCGACAUACAAGAAGACUGCAGUCCAGUUCAACCUCCUUCAGUAGUCCUCGAUCGGAAGUUCACAUGCGUGUUGCAAAAAUGAUUACUUACCAAAUCUUUAACGGCGGAAGUUAUGUUGCAUCUCUGAUGUGCUCUAUCUUUUUCUGUAAACGGAUGAAUAUUACCCUUUAUAUAAUAUUUUCAUUAGUCAGCCUCAACUACACAACAAUUUGCUCUGCUCUCAUGAUUUAUGGGAAUGUAAAGCUGAGAGAGUACUGCAUAAGGAGGUGCAAACAUGUGAAAUGCCCCCAAAUUGCCAACAGGUAUAGUAAUCAGUGA